UGCGUUACACGCGCUCACAUUAUACUAUAAAAAGCUUUCAGCCUGCUGUCGAUGGGCUCAGUACGUUUUGGCAACAAUCUCGACAACAAAGCUCCUCUCUUCUAAGUGAUAUUCCGUCCUUUCGCUGUGUAGUGAAACAUAUAUCGAAAAACGAUAGUGGAAAAGGGAUAGUUCAAGCAAAAGCAGUCACAGUCAGCAGAGUAGCUACAAACAAACAGAGAUGAAACCAGACAUCACAUGGCUACGUAGGGAUAGUUGUAAACGUGAGCAAAACCGGGGUGCAACGUAUCCAUGGCCGGUUAACCUUCUACGUUGAACAACGAACUUUUAUUUUUAAAACCGACUGUUGAUCUACGCGUGACGUACUCCACCUGUACGACCAAAAAAAAAGCACCAGUCUAUAGUAAAAAUACUCUAACAAAGACAACGCGCCACUCAUUGGCGGAAGAGAAGGCAUGAUCGUGAUCCCAUUAAGUGCCAAGAAGAACACUGCACUUGAACAUUCGGCUAUUCUCGUCAUUCGUAAAUGAUGCAAUGCAUCGAUCGGGAAUUCAGUCAUGCACUUUGGAAUUAAAAACACACAUCUUUUGUUUAUCCCUCGUUUAUCAGACCUUAUCAAGCUAUCAGAUGCAGAUCUUCGUGAAGACGUUAACCGGGAAAACGAUCACCCUCGAUGUGAUCGCUUCGGAAACGGUGUUGGACAUUAAAAGCAAAAUUGAACAACGCGAAGGCAUUGCACCGGAUCAGCAGCGAAUCAUCUUUGCCGGUAAACAGCUCGAUGACGGUCGGAUCAUAUCCGACUACAACAUCCAGCACGGCUCGACGAUGCAUCUGGUGCUUCGGUUGAAGGGUGGAAUGCAAAUCUUCGUGCGAAUGCUGACGGGGAAAACGAUUGCGAUCGAUACGGAACCGGAAGCGACGGUCGAGAGUGUGAAGAAACAGAUCGAUGAGCGCGAGGAAAUCCCUCCCAACCAGCAGCGCAUGAUCUUUGCCGGCAAGCAGCUGGAAGAUGGGCGGCAGCUCCAGGAGUACAGCAUCAUCAAAGCAUCCACCAUUCAUUUGGUGCUGCGUCUGAAGGGCGGCAUGCAGAUCUUUGUCAGAAUGUUAACCGGCAAGACUAUUGCCGUCGACACGGAACCGGAAGCAACGGUGGAGAGUGUGAAAAAGCAGAUCGAUGAGCGCGAGGAAAUUCCACCAAACCAGCAACGCAUGAUCUUUGCCGGCAAGCAGCUGGAAGAUGGGCGGCAGCUCCAGGAGUACAGCAUCAUCAAAGCAUCCACCAUUCAUUUGGUGCUGCGUCUGAAGGGAGGCAUGCAGAUCUUUGUCAGAAUGUUAACCGGUAAGACUAUUGCCGUCGACACGGAACCGGAGGCAACGGUGGAGAGUGUGAAAAAGCAGAUCGAUGAGCGUGAGGAAAUCCCGCCAAACCAGCAACGCAUGAUCUUUGCCGGUAAACAGCUUGAGGAUGGCCGUCAACUGCAGGAGUACAGUAUCAUAAAGGCGUCUACCAUUCAUCUGGUUCUGCGCCUCAAGGGGGGCGCCUUUAAACUCACGCAGUUCGAGUAAACAAGCUGUGUGUCCUAUUUUCUGCUUAACGUAUUCCAUUGGCAAUCGGGCACAGUCUACAAAGUGGCGCCCCCGAUGAUCCACGAUGGCGAUGAUCGAUGAUGGUGAAUGACUGUUUACAUGAUAUUACCUUAUACACUACGAGAUAUUUCAAUCUGUAUAUAAAAAAACUGGAAUAAAAAAAUAUUUCUUAAUAAUAUUCUAACUCGCAGUCCACUUAUGGAAUCAGCAUUGUAAUCUGAGAAGAAAAAAAAAACUUCUGGAACUUCGCAAAGGAUUUCGAUCGUGAACUUCAAAUGUCUCACUCAAGUGAGCUUAAUUUUAGCUCACUGGUUGAAUUUUGCCGACAAGUGACCACUU